UUGAGAUGGCAGUGCAGCUAAGCAAAUAGGUAGUCAGCUAGUUAGGAAAACGUCUUCUUUAAUACCCAGCAAGACGCAUUUUAAGAGAUGGACAUUGACCAGCAAGGAGAGAAUUCAGCAUCAGAGACUACAUCUGAGAACGUAGUUCCUGUUGCUAAAAAAUCCGGCAAUAACAAUGACGGUGGUGUGGAAACAGCAGAGGAGGCCACAGAGCCAGCAGAACCUGAUAUCAAUGAGCUCUGCAGGGACAUGUUUGACAAGAUGGCCAUCUUUCUGCAAGGAGAACUCACAGCUACUUGUGAAGACUACAAACUACUGGAAAACAUGAACAAACUCACCAGCCUGAAAUACAUGGAAAUGAAGGACAUAUCUAUAAACAUCAGCCGCAACCUGCAAGAUCUCAAUCAGAAAUAUGCCAGUUUGCAGCCAUACCUUGACCAGAUCAAUCAAAUUGAAGAACAAGUGACAGCUCUGGAGCAAGCAGCGUACAGACUUGACACCUAUUCCAAAAAGCUGGAGGCCAAGUUCAAGAAGCUGGAGAAGCGAUGAAAAGUUAGUGGCUCCAGUUGUGUGGAUUGGCUGGAGCCAUGGGACUGACAGUGGAUGGGCCCGCCCUUCAUCCUGUUCGUUGACCUCUUAAAGUAGAAGCUGAGACUUACAGAGAAGGACAAGGGGGCUUCAAAGUGAACCUGGAACCAAAACAAACAGAACCUGACAAACUGAGAGGAAAUCAUUUUCAGUGAUGCCUUUGGUAGAUGCAUCAAAGAAGGAGCUUCUAGCUUUGGUGAACUGCAGUCAUUGAAAUGUUCUGCCACGUCUUGCUGCAGCCUGGCUUGGAGUCUGCACGGUUUUCACCCAAGUUUUUUUAAAAAUUGCACUUGUCAAACUGCAUGUGCUGCAGAUGCGUCACGUACCUAAACCUAAUACUGUAAUAUCAGAGUAUGUGCAAUUUUUGAUUGCAGAACCUCAGAUACAUGUGUUCCAUAUUUUCCCUAGUACUGUUUUAUUAUUCUAUUUCACUUUGCCCCUCUGUUGGCCUAAUUUGUCUCUGAUCCUAAUUUUAAUAAAAUAAAAUCACCAGAUUUGCAUAUUUACAUAUCUUACAUAUUGACAAGAAUUACAGAUAUAGAAAUAGUCUGCUCCUUUUUACCUGUAUUUAUGUAAAAUAUAGAAUUCAUGUCCUCUGACAUACUGUGAUAAAUUUUAUAUAUCAGGAAUGUCCCAUUGGUAGUGCAGAAUAAUAAUUACCUUCAUUUGUGUGACACCAGGUGUGACUACAAUAAAUUUAUGCUGGUGUGAUGGAAAAUAAAUGUGGAUUUUUAACCAAUCAGCAGAUGGCAGUACUGCUCAAUCACAAGCAACACAUCUCUUUACAUUAAUCUUACUUUAUUUCACCAUUCUUACUUUUGUAACUAAAAUCUCACCUCAAUCUUUCUGUGUCUUGGAGGAAGACCUCUUCUGUAUGUUCUGUGUUUCCUUUGUGGACCAUGGGGUGUGUUGGCCAACGCAGA